ACGAAAUCAUUUCAGUGUCACAGAAAAGAUCUGGAGCCGCAUCAUGGGGCCACUGAGCAUCUCUGUGUUGCUCUUCACUGCUCUUGUUCUCAGUGGUGGUUUCGCUGCACCCAGAGCUCAGGAACAGCGUGAGAAAUCAGUCAUUUUUGAGACACCCAUGGGAAACACCUCUGCUACACAAGGAUGUCCUUCUGGAUGGCAUAGGUUUAAAUCACGCUGCUUCCACUACGUCAGCCAAAGAACAUCAUGGGCUCGUGCACAGAUUCAUUGUAUCCACCUGGGUGGAUCAUUGGCAUCUAUACACAGCCUACAGGAAUACCACUUUGUGCAAAAUGUCACACGGGGGUUGGGCAACAACUUUCCUGUGGCCUGGAUUGGAGGAACAGAUGCCCCUCAGCGGAAAAUAUGGCUCUGGAUUGAUGGGACUCCAUUUGAUUUCAACAAAUGGGCCCCUGGACAACCUGAUGAUGGACUGUUCUAUAAGGAGAACUGUCUUGAAAUGAACUUUAGAGCUCAGAAAUUGUGGAAUAAUGCCUACUGUACAAAAUCCAAUCCAUCUGUUUGUGCCAGACAAGCCAGUUCAUAACUCCUGCCAAAUCAAGAUUUUUCUUUCAAUAUCAAUGUACUCAGCGCUUUGCUCAGACUGGAUUAAAUAUCCCAGUGAUGAAAAAUGCAUACAGUAAAUCUUAAAUAAAGGCUUCAGCUGUGUCAGCAUUAAGUUUGGAGUCAUUACUGUACUGUU